AUGGUUCCAAAGGCCUCAUUCGGUGUUUUGGGCGUUUUAGCGCUCGCUCUUGGUGUCGCGAGUGGUAAUGACAAUGCUGAACGAAUCCAGCCAGAACAUGAGUAUGCCAAAGAGAGGGCGCAUAUGGUUUUUAAUGCGAUCAAUUCCGCAGGUCGAGAAUGGGGCUCUGCCUUGUAUCAUAAUGGCUUUGGCUUCUUUCCAGCUACUGUACCUGAAGGCACCAUGUUUUACCACGGCUCUCGACAAAACGUGACACCGACUGGGCCCGAGUGGUUGGCUUUUGAUAUCGAACAUGCCGAAAACUUUGCGCGAUCUUUCAAGUACAGGCCUGGCGGAAAACGCCCUAUCGCGCCAAUACCUCCUCCUGGCAAAAAGAAGCCAGAUGCGGAUAAUGGACAGACUGGAGAGAAAGAGGAUCGUCAGGAACUACGACGUCGUAACGAGUAUAUAAAGAGCAACAACGACAACGAUCCUUUGGGUAGGGUUGCUGGCCCAAAAGGUGAUGACGAUCCUGUAAAUAUCAGGGGCUACUUUCACACGUACCAGGCAAAUCGCGACCUCAAAGUUUUGUUGAUUGAUGGUAUGAGUGCUGGAAAGACCGAUAUGGGCACACUCGAUUCCCAAGAUCUGGUCCUUCGCGAGAACAACACCAAUGGACGAGGUAUGGACGAAUGGCAUCGAGCUCUUGAUUUGUGCAAGCUGGCAUCUGAAUGGGGUUUCGACGGCUUUGUUCGAAUUGAGAUUGGUAUUGAGGUUAUCAAAUGCGAUUUUGCAGACGGCUUAGACCUGGUCAGUAUGAUGCGCACAGAGCUAAUAGGCCGUAUCAUGGGGAACGUCGGCUUGGCCACAUUCCAGUUUGUGAGAGCGGUUGGGGAGCGAUACGAUGGCGUCGGAGCCAAUCGACUACGGAUCGAUUUCUCGUCAAUGGUGUCGGGGCUCUUCUUUCCCAUCAAUAUCUCCAGCACCGUCGUAGGGCGUCCAGAUCUAAAGAGACUUGGUGCGGCGACGCUGGAGGAGCUUAAAGAUAUCAAGGCAUACUUGAACGAUGUGUUGCGUCAGCCUCGGAGAUUCAUCGUGGAUUGGCAAGGCGCGGCGGACCUUAUCAUCGCUCGUUACAGUAAGAGGCUGGCGCUCAUGGCGCACGAGCCGUUGCAGUCGCACUAUUUCAUCGAUGAGGUUGAGGCUGCCACAUUGACCUGGUACAACGCACCGCCAUUACCCAAUGAUGUUUCCAUGACAGACCAAAGAGAGGUAAACAGGACCGCCGAUGCUAUUGAGCAAUGCAGAGUACACUACCUCCGGCCAGCCCUCAAAGCCAGGCAACAAUGGAGUUUCGAAGAUGAGUUGAUUUACACAUCUCUCGAUACAGUUUUGGGCACUAUCUGUCAAACAUUGUUUUCGGUCCGCAAUCGCUUGCUCGAAGCAUCCGGCUCGAAUUUGGACGAUUAUAGGAUCAGACUUGACAACGAAAACGAUACUGAAAUGGAAAAGGCGAUCAGUAGUGGUCGAGCAGUGAUUCGGGGACUGAUGAGUGAUCUCGGCUGGUCAGCCUGGAAGAAGCCACAGCCCUGUCGACCAGACGAGGUGAAUACGAUUGCUAUGUGGCCGUUUGGAACAGAAGAAGACCAUUGGCACCCCGGAUGCCGUUCAAUCGAGACAGUACAACAUCCCGCUGAUAGUUAUUGGAGGAAUCGUAGACCUCGCAAGGCAUAA